AAUUUGCACACCGCUUCCCUGCCGCGCUGAUGUUUGAAUGCAACAUAUGCUUCGAAACGGCAUUCGAACCAGUAGUGACACGCUGCGGGCACCUGUUCUGUUGGAGAUGCUUGCAUUUGUGGCUUUCGGCCCCUCGCAGGUCUCCAUAUGGGAACCUGCAACCCAGCAAUGGAUGGAGUAGUUGCCCAGUUUGCAAGGCUGCUGUGUCUCAACAGACUGUGACGCCGGUGUAUGCCCGGGAUGGAAGUGGUACUGAUCCAGAACAACGGGAUGCAAAUUUGCCACCUCGGCCACCAGGAGAAUGGCAGGAACCAGAAACUCCAGAAGCAGAGGGCUUUGUCUAUGGAGGGUCAGCAACAAGAUAUAGUUUCUCUGCUGGCUAUGGGCAAUUUCCGGUGGUGUGCGCUCUGGCCUUGGGUGGAAGUUAUGGCGGCAUCAAUGUGAGUCGGAAGGCUGCCAUCACUUUCGGAGCUUUGGCCAUCAUAGGUUUCAUUUCAAUUGUGCUGAUGUAGUCUGAAAAACCGCCGUCAAGAAGUCUGACAACAAAGAUGUGUCACAUAAAACAUAGUUGAAGACACUGCGAAAGCUGGCGCGAGCCAUUUCAUUACCCUCAAGAGAGCCACCACAUCAUUGUUUUUUUUUUUCGUCCUUCCAGACAUGUCGGGUGGAAUCUCAAAGGAAUCUAGCUGUUCCUAUCGACUCUAUGAUGCUUGACCGGAGGGUGGCCGAUGGCCAGCUGCGAAGUGUUUCCAAGCUGUUCACUUCAGAAAAAAUGAAGGGUUCCAGCUUGGAGCGACCGACAAUCUCUACGCUGC